AUGCGGGCCCGCCGGCAGGUGAGUGUCCCCCGGCAGGUGGAAGGCGUGCUGCUCCGGCGUUGCCUCGACAGCACUGCGUGCGACACCUGUGCGCCGGAGCGGGCUGCCCCCGCCGCCCGGCGGGCACACUCACACCCGCCGCGCCGAGCCCCGACCCUGAGCCCGCCGCCCGCCCGCGCUCCCCCGCCCGCCGCGCUCCAGGGCGGAGUUUCCUCCUCGGCUCAUUGUUCGCGGCCCAGCGCCAGCCCAGCGCGGCCCCUCCCGCCCCGCGGCGGCCCGCGCGCUUCUGGGGGAGGGGCGGGGCCAGGGGCCGGCGCGGAUGGGACGGGAGUCGCCGCAGCAGCCGCCGGACCGCAGCCGCGCAGACACUGCCUGCGACGCAACCGCCCGCCGCUCCUCCGCCGCCUGGCUCCGCGCCUGCAGCCGGCUGUGCCGCAGCGGCCGCGAGGAGGGCCGCCGGAGCGCGCAUUGGGAGCCACCGCCAGCGUCCCCGAGCGGCGCCCACGCUUCCGCGCCCGACCGCCGAGACGCGCAGCCACCUGCUCCAGGCCCGAGGCGGACACGAUGAGCUCCGCACUGGCGCUCGCGGCCGCCCUCCUGCUGCUGCUUACGCUCCCCAUGAACGUAAAAUCCACAGGUACAAGCACUCACCUCACCACUUCAAAAGUAGGGAACCAAACCCAGCAGAGAGCAACAACAACAUCCAGUAAAACAGAAUCAGCCUCCACCAAACCUGCAUCCAUUAACAGCCCAGAGGGUGACAACAAUUCAAGCAAGACUACGCCUGCACCAACCACUACCCAGCUGAAUCCUGCUGCCGUCAGGAGCCAGGAUGGAGCUAAAGCUGGAUCUGGAUCUGGAUCUGGAGCCCAGAGUAGCCAGAGUGCUAUCAAUAACACCACAGUCACUAGGGAAACAACUCAACUUACAACUCUGGGUGACAUCACACACAGCACUCCUGCUGUUUCCUCCUUGCUCACCCCGACAAGCACUCAAAAACUGACUACAAGCCCCGUGACUCUGAAGCCCACAGAGGACACUUCCAAGCCACCAGACGUUACUAUAGUGUCAAGUAGUUCGGGCAUGGCAGUGGGUUCCACCUCCACGUCUCAAAAGAUAGCUACCACACAAGGGCCAUUGGUUAACUCACCAGGAAAUGAACAGACCCUCAGCAAAAUGACAGCUGUCAAUGGGACCUCUCCCUCCGUCACCGGGCCUGCUUCCUCCGUCACCGGGACCGCUUCCUCCAUCACUGGGAACACUUCCUCUGUCACCGGGAAGGCUCCCUCCGUCACUGGGACUGCUCCCUCCGUCACUGGGACCGCUUCCUCCGUCCCUGGGACCGCUUCCUCCGUCCCUGGGAAGGCUCCCUCCAUCACUGGGACCACUCCCUCCGUCACUGGGACCACUUCCCCUGUCACUGGGAACGCUCCCUCCAUCACUGGGACCACUUCCCCUGUCACUGGGAUCUCUCCAUCCAAGGCUGCUCAGCCUACAGGGUCUGUGACCACACCUGCUGUAGGGGAACCCACGAGCACCACCUCUCAUUGGGCUUCGACUGCCCCCCAAGGCUCCAACAACUCUUCUCCCACCUCGGCUCUUGGGGAUGACAGGGUAAAGUGUGGUCCUUCUGAAACGCUGAAUGGGAAGAUGCUUAUCCUGAACCUCACGAAAACCAGCCUGUGUGCGGGGAGCCCUCCGGAUGACAAACUGGUCCUACUUCUGUGCCGAGCAGCAAAAGCCAACUUCAACCCAGCUCAUGAUAAGUGCCAUAUACAGCUGGCACGUAUUUCAGAAACCCAGGCAGUGGUGAUCAAAGAAAUCACUAUCAAGACUGUUCUCCUGCCCAAGAACAUGUAUGAAUUGCUGAAAGACAAAUGGGAUGACCUCAAAGAGGUGGGAGUCAGCAGCAUGAAGUUUGGGGAUCAAGAGCCACCAGAAGAGACUGAGGACCGGUUCAGCAUGCCCCUCAUCAUCACCAUUGUCUGCAUGGCAUCCUUUCUGCUCCUUGUUGCUGCCCUCUACGGCUGCUGCCACCAGCGCCUCUCCCAGAGGAAGGACCAGCAGCGGCUAACAGAGGAGCUACAGACAGUGGAGAAUGGUUACCAUGACAACCCAACACUGGAGGUGAUGGAGACCUCAUCAGAGAUGCAAGAGAAAAAGGCAGUCAACCUGAAUGGGGAACUAGGGGACAGCUGGAUCGUCCCUCUGGACAACCUAGCCAAGGACGACCUAGAUGAGGAGGAAGACACACACCUCUAAUCAGGUCUGUUGGCAGCCUCCAACAGUGCCACAGAGCUCCAGACUGAACCACCUCAAGUGCCAUUUGGACAGGGGAGGAAAAUCCCUCCCAUCUGAGGGAAAGACUGGAGAGGGAAUGCAGACUCAGAGGGUCCGCUUCUCUUGAUACCCACAGAGCCUUAGUAUUUCCCCUUUCAAGCUGAACAAAUCACAUUCUGUCUAGAUCCCUCUUGUAAAAUAUCCGACUAGUGCCUGAGCUCAGUGCUCCUGGAAGAUGAGAGGAAGGGAGACGAUCAAGGGCCAUACAGGGGACUUAUGUAAUCAUCCAGUAGAAUCCCUUCAUUUCAUGGAUGAAAUGACUGAGGCCUACAGAGGGUAAGGUCAAGGUCAUGCAGCCCCUUGGCAACAGAGUCAGAAUGAAAACAGAUCCCUUCAUUCAACCCAGUGUUAUUCCACCAUGUCACACUGCUGUGAUCAUUUGCACCUUCCCUUCAGAGCUGCCCUGGGCAGAGGGUGAAGCUACCAGUUGACGGAUGAGAUGGAAGAGAGAGCAGGGCCACACCCUGUCUCAGCGGGAUCUGACUUCUUGGAAGUAUGGGCCCCAAAAUUUCCAUCUCCUACCCCAGCCUCAUGAGCCAGUGUUACCAUCCCUUUUGUUCUUCCCCCUCCCUUCACUCAAUUUCUGUUUCCAUUUUGUCCCAGAGCCCCUGGGACUAACACAGGUCCUUUAUGACCUUGAAGCCCUUGUUCUGGAUUCUGCUUUCCUUGCAUUUGCUUGGUGAGACUGGGACUUAACCCACACAAGAAGGCCAGUGUGAAUGAGGUCUGCUUAAGGAAUCCACCCACAGGUGAACAGAGACGGGGAAGCCCUGCAUCCCAGGAUGGGUCUAGGUCUAUUGUCCAAGGCAUUCCUGGAAGAGGCUCCUCAAGAACUCUUGCCUCCCAUUCCCAUGAGGGACUAAAAUCUGCAGCACCUACUGAAAGCAAAGUGUCCCUAUUUCGUAGUUCACUACUUAGCUGAUGGGGGUGAAGACCCCAGCUAGGAAUUCCUGAGAUCCAGCAGGAAAGAGCAGUAGCUUUAGGACAGACUUCCUUGGGGCCCCUGUCAGCAAAGAGGUAUCUUUAAUAGACAAUCGAUUAUAAUAGCCAGGAAGGGUAGGCUUUAUUCUCUUAUUUCAUAGGAAACUCAGGGACUUUUCAAGUUGCUGAGAGUUUUGUUGUUAUUUGUUUUUUAAUCCAGCCCUCUACAUUCCAAAUGCCAAAGCUCAAAUUGUUGGGAGACUUUCAGUUAGCUAAUCUCUCUGAUCCAGUUCUCCUAUGCCACUGGACAAGAAAGGCCUAAGGUUCACAGGGACAGCCUGGGAGGCUAGUCGGCCGUUCUUUCCUGGUAUUGUCUGUCUGGCAUGAAACUAGGACUUGCCAUGUCCUUUUCUCUGUAUGUUUAGUGGGGAUGCCCAGUUCUGUAGUUUCUGGUGGCAUCUCAGGGAAACAAACUAUUGUAGAGGGGUUUUUAUGGAGCUUAGCAGUUAGCAACUAAAUAGAUGGCACCUGAGGACUGGGCUUAGUGAGGCUUAAUUUGAUUGUCAGGCAAGAGGGACUCCUGUGUGGAACUUUGAAUUUUGCCCAUAGUCUCUACUGUUCCUGGAAUCAACUAAGAAGAUGGGCAGAACUACUUAGGAGAAUGAAGAUGGUCAUUUCAUGGCAAAAAGCCAGAACCCUAGAACCCAAAAGUUCUGAUGAAAUAGGCUAUCUGCUUUGGAGUGGCUUAUUUUUCAAAAGGGAAGGAGCUUAGUGGGGGAAGAUGUGUCCUUGAGUGCCUGAUUCCUUCUUCAUAGCCAUUGAUUGGCCUUUGAUAGCCUAGAGGAAGAGGAAGGCCAGGGGUUCAAGUAGGGGCCCCAGUGAGUUUCCCAAGAGCUACAAAGAUUCUAGGCUAAUAAGACUCCAAAAGUAUUUGCCUUGAUUCUCUAGCAUUUGGAGGUUGGCAGAAUACAGAAUAAUGCCAGUUUGGGAGAAAAAGAGGAAAUUUUUGUUACGCUGAGAUGUUUGCUUCCUUCCUGCCCAACGUUUGGUUCUUUCCACCCAGUGGAUUUCUAUCAUGGCUUCUGUGGGAGAGGCCAGAUGGAUUACUAUUCCUAUCCUGAUUUUGGAUCACAUUUUACGAGCCAGGUCUUUAGGCACAGCAAAUAUGCUUCUGUAAAUUGAUCAAAGGCUGCAACCCCAAGGCGUCUUGGGGGGAGAGAUGAUGGCAAGGUCUAGAGAGUAAAAACUAUACUUGGUCAAGUGGAAUGACAUGCAGUUUUAUCCAAGGAGAACCUCAAACAGCUUUGGGCUGGUUCAGAGGUUCUUUCUUUUGGUGCAUCCAAAUUGUGUUACUCCAGGCUUUGAGGGCAAUUUCACAAUCCAGUACCUUGCCUUGGCUUUUUAAGGUUCACCACUAGACAUCUACGUUAAAGAUCAUACAGCCAGGCAUCUGUAAAGGUCACCUUCCCACAUCAUUUACUGGGUUCUAAAUGCUGUCUGGUAAUUCAGAUUCUGGGGCUGAGAAAGGAGAAGAGGAACACCAGGAACUCAUUAUGACUUUAAUUAAGCAAGUUAUGCCAAAGAGAGAGAAACUGUACUUCAGUGGCAAACUGGUUUCCCUAAGCUGCAUAAAAGGCCAGAAACCAUAAAUUUGAUGAUUGGACAAAACCCAGUGGCAAGCGUGCUGUUGUGUGAGUGGGGAGGGAAGCAGCAAUGCUUCUUAAGGAGGCAAAAGACAGAAUACGGGUGUAAUCUAGUCUGAACACAAGAUUCUUUUUCCCCUCUCGUUGGGGAAAGCUAACAGAAAGUUUAUUAUACCACUUCUUGAGCUUUAUCCUUUUUGACUACACACUGGAGAAAUGUCAAAAAACAAGUGCAAGCUGAUGCAUAUAUACCUAUUUUUUGAUAAUGUAUAUACAACAGCCACAUGUUAAUUCACCCUGCUCUGCUUUAAGUGAAUAUACUUUGAAAAAACAUUUGUUAGCUAAGAGGUGGCUUUUUUUCCCUCUGAACAGGAAUGUACAUGUCUAUUUUACUAGAAAUGCCAAGUUUUUGUUUCAUUUUUCUUUUAAUGAAAAAUGAAAUAUAAGACAGGCUAAUAACAGUGUUUGUCUUGUAGAUCAGGCAUUUUUACUUUUAAAUAUGAUCCUCACCCCUUUCCCACAAAGUCCCAGCCAAUUAACAAUAAGGGUUGGAGCCAGUAUACACCGGUUGGGAAGUGACGCUGUAGUCCUAGGGAGAAGGGCUCAGAGGUCUAGUCCACUCGUUUUGUUUUGUUUUAAAUGGAAAAGGAGCCGGAAGCUCAGAAAGAAAAAUGACUUGGCCAAAAUCACAGGUUUAGUAACAGAAACAAAACUAAAACCUGGGUUGGAAGACUAUUCAGUGCUGUGUGCCUCAGAAGGAAUCAAUAAAUUAAGGACUGUUAAUUAAGGAUGGGCACCAGAAUGACACAAAGGACAGAAUUCCCUUCUUAAACCUUGUCCUGCAGCAAGGUUAGGGAGGACACGAAGACAAAAAGAGGAACCUUCCUGGUCCUUCUACACUUCUGAGGUAUUUCGAUCUGUAAGACUUAACAAGGGAUUCUUUUCUGUCAGCGAACAGUUUUGAAUGAGCUUUCACAUAAGGAUCUUCUACUAGCAGGACCAAGGAUCAAAGGGAACAAGAUUUGGAAGGCAGAGGGGGCAAGAAAGAGUAAAGCAAUGGCAUGUCCCUUAUCAUCACUGUCACUAGCUGAGUGUCUCAGGUUUGGUGAAGACCCAACAAUGAGUGAAAGGAGGGGACUGCUAUUUGAUGUGGGUCUUUUUGUUACAAGUGAAUGUUUAACAGUUUGCUUAGGAGACUCGGGGAGCAUAUGUCUUAGUGGACAGGGGUCCAGAGUACACUGGAAUUUACUGAGAAACUUGUUCGUAAAGACUACACUUAAUUAUUGUGAUUUUCUUACAAAAAUAUAUUUUGGAAAAUUGUACACUGUCAAUUAAAGUGCUUUUGUGUAAGCUGGU